AUGGCCAACCGCUUAGAAUCCAACCUUGCCACCCUCCGCCAACGUCUUCCCCCUCGUCUGCUCAAGCCCACUGUCGGUAUCGUCUGUGGCUCGGGGUUGAGCACGCUUGCGAACAGUCUCCGCGAUGUUGUGAUUGUUCCUUAUGCUGAUCUUGAAGGAUUCGGAACGAGCACUGUUCUAGGACAUAAGAGCGAGCUCGCGUUCGGAUUUGUUGGUGAAGGUGAGGGCGUCCCUGUAGUGGCGAUGCUAGGUCGGUUCCAUCCAUAUGAGGGCCACGGACUGGCCACCGUUGCGUACCCGAUCCGAUUCAUGGCAGCUCUCGGCGUCAAGAAUGUCAUCAUCACCAAUGCUGCAGGAGCUCUGAAUCCCUCCCUCGAAGUCGGAACUAUCGUCGUAAUCCACGACCACAUGUCCCUCCCCCUUCUCACAGGCCUCAACCCCCUCCUCGGACCCCCCACCUCCCCCACACACGCCCGCUUCGUCCCCCUCUCCUCCGCCUACUCCCGCCCCCUCCGCCUCCUCGCCUUCCGCGCCGCGCACUCCCUCUCCCUCCCGUUCUCCUCCCUCGCCGAAGGCACCUACGCCUGGGUCAGCGGUCCUACGUAUGAGACCCCCGCCGAAGGGCGAUUCUUGAGGGCGGCGGGCGCGGAUGUGGUGGGGAUGAGUACGGUGCCGGAGGUGGUGGCGGCGAGGGACGAGGGGAUGGGGGUGUUGGUGCUUAGUUUGGUUACUAAUAAGGUGGUGAUCCCUGAGGGGUAUGCGAGCGCGAGGGAGGAGGUCGAGGCAGAGCUUGCCGGUCGUCCCAUUCAACGCCCCACCACUCCGGAGGUGUCGCACGAAGAAGUGCUCGAAGUCGGAAGGCAGAAGGCAGAGGUUAUGAAGGCGCUCGUGGCCAAGAUCAUUGAGACCAUUCCGAAAGCAUAG